CCCCACACACACUUUACCAACCCCUAUUUUUCAGCCACUUCACACCAAACCCUCAAAAAAUGGUGUCCAAAGCCAAAAAAUCAAGAGGAUCUCCAGCCACCCACACUCUCCGCCGCCGUAAGAAGACCCCGGUCACCGCCGCAACCAAAACCGCAUCCGUCGUAGUCGCCUCCAUCAACAAAUCGAUCUACACUUGCCACCGCCGCCUCAUCAAAAUCUUCUCAAAGCUCGUUCGUAUCGCCACCCCGAAGAGCAAAUCAUCUGUUAAAAAAGGGUAUAAAAUUUUAAAAAAAUUCCCUCGUGACGACCACAUUGCGGGCGUCCGCCGAUCCCUCUUCCAGGACACCACCAACGCCUUGCUCCCGCCCUUAAUUUGUUCGAAUAAGAAAACCGUGUUUCUAGACCUCGACGAAACCCUAAUCCACUCGGUUCCCGCAUCCGGGCUAAUUCGUCCGAGAAACUACGAUUUUGUAGUGAAGCCGUUGCUAGAUGGUGAACGGGUUACAUUUUAUGUAACCAAGCGUCCGUUUGUCGAUGAAUUUCUUCGGUUUUUAAGCGAAAGUGGUUUCGAAAUUGUGGUUUUUACCGCGGGGAUCAAGGAGUAUGCGUCUCUAGUGUUGGAUAUAUUGGAUCGAGACGGGUUGAUUUCGUAUAGGCUGUAUCGGGAUUCGUGUAAGGAAUUCGACGGGAGGUUUGUUAAGGAUUUGUCGAAUUUAGGGCGGGAUUUGACAAAGGGGGUGAUUGUUGACGAUAAUCCGAAUUCUUACAGUUUGCAACCCGAAAAUGCGAUCCCGAUUAGUCCUUUUAUUGAUGAUCUUGGAGAUGAGGAGUUGAAGAAACUGAUGAGUGGAUUUUUUACAAAAUGUCAUGAGUUUGAGGAUUUAAGGGAUGCUGUGAAAUAUUAUGUUGGAAAUGGAGUUGAAGAUUCAAAGAGUAUUGAGAAAUUGAUUGAAGAUGAGAUAUUUGAGAAUAAUAAGAGUUCAAACUUUCAAGCUCUGAUUGAAGUUUGAAUUAAAUUUCCCUGUUUAAAUUUACUUUAUUUUUUUUAUUAAGUUAUUAUAUUUGUUUUGAA